GGAGGAGGAGGAGGAGGAGGAGGAGCGAUGGGCAAGAGGGGCGUCAAGCGGAAGACGCGAUGGAGGACCCUCAACAUUGGCACUCCACCGGGGGAGGAGGACGAGGAGCCCUCGGGGACAUGCAACGGCUACAUCAAGUCGGGGCACGAGCACGGAAAGGAGCGCAACGGGUACGGGUCGGGUUCGGCCUGGCUGAAAUCUCGGCAUGGAAGCGGCGGAAGUAGCGGUAGCAACGGUCAAAGCAGCGGGACCAGCGGCUACGGGAGCGGCGGCUAUCGCGCCGCUCGCCAAGAGUCCGGCAAGCUUUCGGACCAGCAGAAUGACAAGGUUACCUUCAACGAGGACGAGUACACGAGGAUCACUGCGCCCCGGCUCGACGUCCUCUUCAAGAAGAGCUACCUUCAAAACAAGUCCUGGACGAACAUGAACAGCAUGAGUGCCACGCCAUCGACCACCGGGAGCCAAUCGGCCUCGCACUCCACCGCAGAUGGCAGCGAGGGGGCGGAAGAUCAACAGCUGCUGGACAGCAUGACAACAGGAAAGUUCGAGGUUAGUUACGGGACGUACUACGAUCACAACAACGGUUACUAUUACGAUUACCCGAUGAUGCUGGUGGCGCCGGAAAUGCCCGAUCAGAUGGGUUCGAACAUUAUAACGGCGAUACCUUGUACCCCGGUACCCCUGAGGCCAAUCGAAUGGGUUAAUCCUGUUUUCGUGCCCAAGCUUGCUUCCCAGCAAUAUUGUUACGUCGAUCAUCAGGUGAGCUCGGGCCGCGAUUGUGCGGCUUUGGUCGACGGUCAGGGUGUACCGCUGGGUGCAAUGGAGCCAUCAACGGAGGCGAACGGUGUUUUGGCGAGCGAGAUUCUCGCGGACGAGCCCGAGGAUGCGGAGAAGGAGGUGGGGAAGGAGCCGGGAGAGGAGGAGGAGGCGCUCGAUCCGACUCUUAAAUCUAUCGAUGAGAUGAAUGGACUGGAGUACGCUGAGAUGCCGUACAUAGAGACGCUGCCUCCCCAGCCACUGCAUGUGGCACACAUAAUUCCCCAGCCGAUGGGCCAGCCGUACCUCUAUCCCGGGCAGUACAUGUUUGGACCACCAAUGGCCAACGUCAACGGCGUGAUGAUACAAAAUGGAUCGGUGCUGAGAUGCAGCGAUGUCGUGACGAAUUCCACGGCGGCAGCGGUUUGCGCGAACCGUAGGAGGAAGAAAAAGAAGAGAAAGCCGAAGGGUUCAUACGCUUUCGGUAAAACAGAGGAUGAAGAGGAAGACUACACUUCGGAAGAUGAGAAUGGUUUAUCAUCCCCUUGUGUUUCCUGGUCGGCGGCGGCGACGACGACGACGAACCUCAGUAACCGACCACUCAAUCCUGAAUGUCAAGAAUUUCAUCCGCGAUCCACCGAGUCGCAAUUGAGAACGGAAGACUGUAUUUCUAGAGCCUCCAAAGCAUCGAUGCUCAAUAAUCACGUGAACAACGAACCGAAAAGACUGAUCAAGGAGAAGCGGCGUGAUAACGGCUUUGUGCCCAAGGUCAACGGCACAACAAAUUACGAGAAGACCGCAACAGCGGACAAGUGUCAGUUCCAGCAGCCCCUAAACAGCGUCGAACUACCAAAGUCCCAGAGAAGCUUGCAGACUCUGGACGGCGGGGAUCCUAGUGAGUCGAAGCCCCUCUUCAACGGCGACGCGCAUCUAGGCAACUCGCGCUCGACGCCCCUCUUACCAGAGAUCAACGAGACCACCAGUCCCAUCAACGCCGAGGGACAAAGACUACCUACGAGCUACGAGUCUCUCGUUACCCGGAGCACCGAUAAUCCUAACAGCGACGGCGCUAGCCUGUCGCGACGGAAGUACGGUACCAAGGAAGCCAAAUACGUGCGUGAGUCGACUACUGCGUCCGAUCUCGACGUCUCAUCUAGCCCGAAAAACGACGAUUAUCGCCUUGAGGAUGUUCAAGCGAUGCUCAGCGCAACAACCAUUGUCGAGAUGCAGUCAAACCAUAAGGAUGACCUUGAUAUCUGUCAAACUUGGGUUAAUGAAAACUCGAACACCUUUGAAAGUCUCACCGAUGAGAAUAAUGAAAUGACGAAAUCGAAGAUGAUGGGGUCGAUAACGACAACUACAGCGGCAACAGUAAUAUCGGUUAGCCAGGAGAAUUCCGGCUUCGAUAGUCAGACGAAGAUCGACUCUUCGGUGCGACCGAUAAGUAGUGCAGUCUAUGAGUGGCUCAAGACAACCAACUCGUCCGAUCUCUUCGUUACGUCUUUGUCGGAGAGUGAUGAUAAUCUGGAUGAGGAAGAAGAGGAAGAGGAGGAAGACGUCGAUGACGACACAUCGAUGAACAACGAGCCGCCAAAAAACUUGAAAAGCAAUCCCAUACCUGCACUAUCUGUUAAUGGCUGCGCCGGUGAGCGCGAAGCCAGUCUUAAUAAAUUCGCAAAUACCAACAGCCGAUCUAAGAAUAGCGGCGAGAACACUGCCAAGGUGUUAAACAACGCUGCAUUCAAAAGGAAUAAACGCGCCAAACGUGCUAAGAGAAAACGUGCAAAUAGCUCCAAGACCAAGAUGGAUGCUCAUAAUUUCUGCGCUAAUAAUCAACAAGAUUCACUCGCUCUAGUACAAGAAAAUGCGCAAGUUUCUGUCGAUUCAUUGGAAUCUCCACCAACAAUGGCGGCUGAUGGCAUUUGCAAACUUAUUGAGAAGGAUAGCGAUGUGGGUAUGAGGAUUGCUGAAAAUUCUCGGAUAACUAUGAGAAAACUCGAGGAAGCUGGAGGACGCUGCUCGAGCAUUGAAAGACGUGAUGGAAAAGUCCAUCGAGUCCAAGAGAUCAGUUGCAAGGAUAAAUAUUUAGCGGAUGGACAACCAGUGAAGACCUUCGAAAGGGGCGAAAUCGUUGUUUCAAUGGAAGGUGAAUUGCUGCUCGUGGCGCUUGCGCCUCAAGAGGUCAGUCCAAAUGACCCGUGUCGUAAGAACGACCUCAACGGCUCAACGAGGAUGAGAAGGGACAGUGACUGUACUCCGAGGGACGAAAAGGAGCUCUCAAUCGGUAGCAUCGGUAGUAUCGAGGAGCCAGAUGUUCUCGAAUGCUGGGAGACGGAGAUUGUCGAGCCGACACCGACUCCGAAAAAAGCGCUCCUGGAAGAAUCGGCUAACGAUGAAUUAUUGGUAGCUAAUAACGGCUGCCCCGACCGCAUGGAGCACGUGCAGAGAUAUUAUCGACUUCAGGUUGAACGGAGCGAGACCAGUGCCGAGGACGAUAUUUGCGAUAAUGUAGCUUUAAACGAUAAUCCGCGUGCAUCUCAAUCGUUAACCGUGCCAAAUACUUCUGAUCAAUUGAGUUUAAGCACUAGCAGCGAGGAAGAGAUACCGAUGAUCGUACUCGGAGAAAAAAAGGAGAACUCUGCCAAUAAGAAUUCAAAGCUGCCAAUCGAGGAGGCUUUCGAAGUCUAUGAAAGCUUUUACACGGGCAAACCACUUAUUUUUGCUUCGAUGGAUUCGAAACUUGGCAAAUCGCGAUUAUUUAGUCGGGAGACAGAAGGUCCAAUACCGUGUAAAGCUGUCUGUUGCAUUAUUCAAUGACCAUCGGCGAUUAUCCAAACUGUGGCGUUUCUCCGUCUUAUCUAGCCAAGUACCAUUAAUAUUAUGAUAUUGAUUUUUAAAAUACAUUUCCAAAUCUCUUUUUAUAGUUAUUGAUUAAUUUUGAGAUUAAUGUUUUAUCGGCUUAUUUUAUCACUCACAU